GGUCCAGCAGGGACUGUAGUUGCACUGGAGCCCGAUCACAUAAUGGGAGGGACAAGGUUUUGGUGAUUAGGGUUAGGGUUUGGUGUUUUUCUUUAUUCUUUUUUCCUCACAUUGAGGUCUUCACAAUCCUUGCCAAAAUCAAUUCCUCUACAGCUUUGUAUGGUUAGCGACCUUUGUGCGUUGUGAGGAAUUGUGGGUUGGGAUUGGGUGCAACAGCUGCCAUGGCGCUGCGGCAGUUGUCCCAAAGGACGGGGAAGGCUUUGAAUGGUAGAGGAGCCGCGGCUACCAUCUUGACGAGGAAACUGUUGUUAUUGCAUGGGAAUGGGCUCCCUUCGACUUCCUCCUCCUUGGUGUCGCCUGGUGUUGGGAGAAGCCUGACCGGGCAACAUGUCAUUGACAGGAUUAGAGUGCUGCCUCAAUUUUAUGAGCUGGUGCCCUCUGCGUCAUCGUCGCCUAUGUUGGACGUUUUACAUUUUUCAAGUAGAGCGGGAGAGUCUGAGAAGCAGCCAUCGCAGAGUUCCAAUGAAACCUCGUCUUCCUCUUCCUCCAGUAUUCCAACUUCGAGGGUUUUAUUGAAGAAAGUUAGUGAUUCAGUUCGGAAUGCUGCGUCAUCUGCAGGAAAUGUCGUUCACAAGAUGAAAGAAGCCAAGUUAGUGGAUUCUGUGAGGACAGGGUACAAUUUUCUGAAAGAGGAGAUGACCAGUACCACCCCACGGAGGAAACCUAAUACUUCUGCCUCAGAGGAUGCUCGUGUGCGUGAAGCUCCUCCUGAGAAUACCACUGUUAACGCUAUAGUUCCGGUUGUUAAAAAGACUACUGGGUGGGAGAAGAGAUGGGAGACUCUGAAAGAGAAGGCAAGAUCACACCCAGCCUUCAAGCGAAUCAAGACUGUCACCGACCAUCCGGUGGUCACCAAGGGUCAAGAAUUGGCCGAGGACAUUCGGGAAAGAUGGGAGACCAGCGACAGUCCUGUAGUUCACAGAAUUCAAGAUUUAAAUGAAUCCAUUUUUGGUGAAACAGCGACUGCUGUAGCUAUGCGCGAGAUCCGUCGUCAUGACCCAUCAUUUACGUUUUCAGAUUUUCUUGCUGAAGUUCAAGAAGAGAUACGACCUACACUUCGAGCUUAUCUUAAGGGUGAUUUUGCCACUUUGAGAAAGAAGUGUAGUAGGGAGGUGGUAGAGCGAUGUCAAGCAGAGAGAAGGGCAUUAGAGAGUCAAGGAAUCUUCUUGGAUAAUGAGAUUUUACAUAUUUCUGAUGUUGAGAUAAAGGAGACCAAGUUGUUGGGAAACGCACCUAUUAUUAUAAUCAAUUUUCAAACUCAGCAAAUUCAUUGCGCUCGGAACAAGGAUGGAAAUAUAAUUGAGGGAGCUAGGGAUGACAUUCACACUGUGUUUUAUGCUUGGGCCAUGCAACAAGAGAGUCCGGAGGAGACGAAUCGUGGAGAAUUUCAUACGCGGUGGAAACUAAGAGAGAUGCAGCAAGCUGGCAUGCAGGCUCUCAUUUAAUUGAUAGGUCAUAGAAGUACCCCUUGCUGAGUUUAAAGGUUCGCUGUUUGGGCUUUUAUCAAACCCCUUGACAACAAAUUCGUUUCUAUGUUGAGGCACGCAACCACAAACUGCUACUAGGGAGGCGAGUGCAAAAUGUGUUUUAGCCCACAAUAAGUGGUUGGGACAUUGCUACUUGAGGUUUCUUUAGCGUACCCACAUUUGGGAAGUUCUUGCUCUCUUUCUCUCUCCCUGUCUUGAAGAGCUACAAAAAGCUUUCUCGCAGCAGACAACCAUCUGAUAUGAAGCGCCGUGCAAUUUAGCGGUCAAGGAUUGGCAAUGUUUUCCUGUGCUGCUGUAGCUGAAACGCGGAAUUACUGGAGUUUCCAGCAUAGUGAAGGCGUUCGAAUGUCACACUUCUCAUGCUGGAGGUUGCACCCCAUUUGAUUGGUUCUUUAGCUACUCUUACCAAUCCAGUUUUAAGAGAUUUUUUUUUUCUUUUUUUCUUUACUUCAUAUAGAGCAGUCCCUUCUGGUAGACGAACCCCUAAAGGGGUUUUACUAAUUCUUAAACGGUCUUGAUAGGUACACUCAGGACUCGGAAUGUCUUCCCGACAUUACAUUCAAUUCGUAGUAGUAACUGGAAGUUGAAGCAUUGUAAAUGGACAGAUUGCAAAAUCGCAGAGCUUGUUCACUUGUGGGUAUCUGACGACCAAUUGAGUUCGUUGA